AACGAAGACUCAUCCAAUCGUAUUCCUCAUCAUGCUUGUUCAUAUGCUGAACCGCAAUUAUAGUCGUCUUUAAAUUCGUUUCUUUUUCUUCAAAAGCUUAAACUUUUUUCUUCCUUGCCUCGUUCUUUCCGUUUGUCUUCGAAAUCUCGAUCCAAUCGACCAGUCUUUAGAUUGAUUUCGAUCUUUCAUCCUUGUUAAAUCUUCGAUUAUAGGCUCAGAAUCUCUAAUUCUGCAUUUCUUUAUAUUGAAUUAAAGAUGACUGUAGCAGUUCUAAGCCCUCAAGACGUUCUGAAAGAGAACCGAUUCUCUAAGCAGCCGUUGAUCCCUAAAAACUCCUACCCUAAUUCGAACAGGCCCAACCGGACGCAGUCGAACCGGAGGAAGCGAAGUCCGCCACGGAAUCAAAACACGUCGCCUCCGUCCCGAGGCGAGGUGGUGGCCCCUAAACUCUCGGCGAAAAACAACCUAGUGAUGGGUCAAGUCAAGAUCCUUAAACGUGGGGAGGAACUCACCAAAACAACGCCGGUUCAGGCACCAGAGCCUGUGAAAAAGACUGCCGAGAAUCGUCCAGAUCCAGAUCUGGGAUCAACGGAGAGGUUGGGACCUGAUCCCCAGUCGGUACCGAUUCUUAACCGACUCACUGAGUCGAAGGACCGAGUUUUGUCUUUUUAUGCCGGAUCAGCUUUUAUUACCUCUCCGCCUCCUAGUUCGCUUCCCUUACCUGCGUUUUUCACGAAGAAGACCGUCACCGCCGUCAAACAUGACGACGCAACGAGUGAUUUGAGGAGGAUUUUGAAGCUUGACAUGUUGUGAAACCUGAAGUCAGAAACAGUAUAAAAUGGAAUUAUUUGGGUUCUCUGAUUAUCGGUCAGAUCCCUUAUUUUUUCAAGGGGAUAAAGACCGAAUUGGCUAACUCAACUUGGCAAUUAGUAGUGGUAAUGGUAAUUUGAGUAGUUUUUUCUUAAAGGUUUGUGAUAAUGGUAGUGGGUUGAUCAAAAGUUGUAUGUAUAGUUUAAAGUUUAGAGGUUUAGUUUUAAGGGGUUUGUGAAAGAAAUGGAGAUGUGGGUUUAUUUUCUUUGCUUGUGGGUAGUUGAUGAUUAUGAAGAAGUUAUAGAUAUUAUGUUGUAUCUGUGCUUUUUGUAAUCUUGUUAGGGGUAUGAUUUAUGUAUAUGUAGUCGCUUUAAUUUCGAAAUAAAGAACUUUAGUUAUGUUA